AUGCCUCCCAAGAAGCAAGAUCAGCCGAAGAAGGCGAAGAAGACGGUCGAGGAUAAGACCUUUGGUAUGAAAAAUAAAAAAGGUGGAAGUGCACGGAAACAGAUAGCGCAACUACAAGCUCAAGCACAGUCCAACAAGUCCAUCGACGCUAAGCGGAAAGAGGCAGAGAAGGCGCGCCGUGAAGCGGAAAAGGCUGCGGCGGAGCAGGCCAAGAAGGAGGCGGCGGAACUCUUCAAGCCUGUGCAAGUUCAGAAGGUUCCCUUUGGUGUUGACCCGAAGACAGUGUUGUGUGUCUUCUUCAAGCAAGGGAACUGCGAAAAGGGCAAGAAGUGCAAGUUCAGCCAUGACCUCAGCGUGGAGCGCAAGGCUGCGAAGAAGGAUCUCUACUCCGAUGACCGAGAUGCGAAGGCGGAGAAGGAGGCCGAUACCAUGGACAAGUGGGACGAGGAGAAGCUACGGAACGUUGUGCUGAGCAAGCACGGCAACCCGAGAACCACGACUGAGAAGGUCUGCAAGUACUUUAUCGAAGCGGUUGAGAACCAGAAGUAUGGCUGGUUCUGGACCUGUCCGAAUGGAGGAGAUAAGUGCAUGUACCGGCAUAGUCUGCCACCUGGCUUCGUUCUGAAGACAAAGGAACAGAGGGCCGCAGAGAAGGCUCUGCUGGAUAAGUCGCCUCUCAAAACGCUUACGCUGGAGGAUUGGCUAGAAUCCGAGAGACACAAGCUCACCGGAAAGCUCACCCCCGUUACGCCGGAGACCUUCGCCAAGUGGAAGAAGGAGCGUCUAGAUAAGAAGGCCGCCGAGGAAGAAGCCCGGAAGGCCAAGGAAGCUACUGGACGUAUGAUGUUCGAAAGUGGAAAAUGGAAAGCAGAGGACAGCAGCGAGGAGGAAUCCGAAGAUGAAGACAACGAAAAUGAAACCUGGAACCUGGAAGCACUGCGGAAGGAGACCGAGCGGUUGCGUGCACAGAAGGAAGAAGAACGGCUUGCCAAGCUUCACGGUGCUGGUGUCGUACCAGAUGGGCCGGUCGAGACUGUCAGUCAGCCUGUGGUACAGGAAGGUGACGGCUGA